CGAAUCUUUCUUUUAACUUCAUUCUUCAAUUGAAUUUAUACUGUGGUAAAGGAAUCUUGGAAACAAAACGAAGAAGAAGAAACAGAGCGAAAGAAAGAGAAGAUGGGAGUGACGAAGGAACAAGUUGAGUCUUCAUUGACUUCAAAAUUGAAGCCUUCUCAUCUGGAAGUAAUCGAUACAUCUGGAGGGUGCGGUGCAAGUUUUGUUAUUGAGAUUGUAUCAGAGCAAUUUGAAGGGAAGAGGCUCCUGGAAAGGCACCGAAUUGUGAAUGCUGCUCUCGAGGAGGAGAUGAAGCAAAUCCAUGCCCUGUCCAUAAAGAAAGCUCUGACCCCGGAGCAGUGGAAACAACAGCAAGAGGCUGAAAAAUCUAAACCAGAUGCUUAGAGAGACACUCAAAACUAUAAUUUAGACAUUUAAAUAAGAGAGUUCAUGAGCACUCAGCUGGAAUACUAAACCAUCAUUUCACCUUGAGCAUACAUUUUAGAACCAUACUUUGUAAUUACUGAUUGCUUACCCACGGGGGCGUUUGGGAUGCAUGCAAAACUACAAAUUCACAUGAUAAAAAUAUGGAAAUCCAAUGAUCAUAUAUUCAAUUCAA